AUGCAAGAGGUGGUCAGAAAGGAGGUAUUGAAGUGGUUGAAAGCCGGAAUCAUAUAUGCGAUAUCCGACAGUGAUUGGGUAAGCCCCACCCAAGUCGUGGCCAAGAAGGGUUGGAUGACUGUUAUACAAGAUCUUGAUCGCUCCGGAGGACCAGCACAAGUCGGCCUUUAUUUGUCCUACGGUGUCUACGCCUUCCGAAAGAUGUCUUUUGGGCUUUGCAACGCUCCAGCCACAUUUCAGAGAUGUAUGAUGUCCAUCUUUCACGACAUGGUGGAAGAUAUUAUGGAGGUGUUCAUGGAUGACUUCUCGGUCUUCGGAUCGUCUUAUGAUCAAUGCAUGGAUAAUGUGACGAGAGUAUUGCAGAGAUGGGAGGAGACCAACUUAGUGCUCAACUGGGAGAAGUGUCACUUCAUGGUACGUGAUGGUAUUGUGCUGGGAUUUUAUAGGCGAUUCAUCAAGGAUUUCUCUCAGAUAGCUCGCCCUCUGACCAGUCUGCUAGCUAAGGAUGUCAAUUUCCAUUUUUCCGAAGAAUGUUUACAAGCCUUCGAAAUUUUGAAGAAGGCGUUGGUGAGUGCCCCCGUGCUUAUAGCUCCAAAUUGGUCUCAACCUUUAGAGAUCAUGUGCGACGCUAGUGAUGUGGUUGUAGGUUCGGCGUUGGGGCAAAGCCGGACUCUAGAUCCAGCUCAGGCAAAUUACACCACCACGGAGAAGGAGAUGCUAGCUGUGGUGUAUUCCUUCGACAAAUUUCGCUCAUAUCUCAUUGGAGCGAAAACUAUUGUGUUCACUGAUCAUGCCGCCAUCCGCUUUUUGUUUGCUAAGGUGGAUGCCAAGCCUCGUCUGAUUCGUUGGGUUCUUUUGCUACAAGAAUUCGACUUGGAGAUCCGGGAUCGAAAGGGGUGUGAGAAUGUGGUAGCCGACCACUUAUCUAGAUUGGAGCAUUGCUUUCAAGGAGAGAAUUUGAAGAGGCCGAUAAACGAGGAGUUCCCCGAUGAGCACAUCUUCUAUGCUCAAAGCUCGUCGCCAUGGUACGCGGACAUCGUGAAUUUCCUAGUAGUCAAGGUGGUCCCAGAAGGCCUCAACAAGUAUCAAAUGAGGAAGUUCUUUCAUGAUAUUUUCGAUGUAUGGGGGAUCGACUUCAUGGGUCCCUUCCCGCCAUCCUCCGGUCAUCAAUACAUCCUAUUGGCGAUUGACUACGUCUCCAGUUGGGUGGAGCCAAUUUUUACUCCGGUCAAUUCCUCUAAGGUGGUGAUAAACUUUGUGAAAAAAAACAUUUUCACGAGGUUCGGGGCGCCGAGAGCCUUACUUAGUGAUGGGGGGUCUCAUUUCAAAAACAAGUGGCUGGAAGUUGUGUUGGGCAAAUAUGGUGUCAAACACCGAAUCACUUCUCCCUAUCAUCCUCAAUCCAAUGGUCAAACUGAAUUGGCCAAUCGAGAAAUCAAAGGCAUCUUGGAGAAGACGGAGAAUGCCAAUAGAACGGAUUGGGCUUUGAAGCUCGAUGAUGCACUUUGGGCAUAUAGGACGGCUUAUAAAACGCCGAUCGGCAUGUCACCUUAUCAGUUGGUGUUUGGGAAAUCUUGUCAUCUUCCUGCCGAAAAGGAGAGGCAAGCUUAUCUGAACUUGCUUGAUGAGUUUAGGAAUGAGGCAUUUGAGAACACGGUAAUUUACAAGGAGCACCUCAAGACGUACCAUGAAAAGAUGAUAGACAAGAGGGAGUUUUUCCCAGGAGAUUUGGUGCUACUGUUCAAUGCACGUCUAAAACUCUUCCCCGGAAAGCUCAAGUCAAGGUGGUCCGGUCCUUUCAAAGUCAAGACGGUGAUGAAGAAUGGAGCUUUGGAGCUCGAAGCUAAUGAUGGGCGAGUGUUCACGGCCAAUGGUCAGAAUGUGAAGAAGUUCCACUCUAUGGAGCAAAAGGAAGAGGUGUUCCGGCUCUGUUUGGAGGCACAGUGA